UUCCUUUGUUUUUUUCUUUUUUAAUAAAUCCGUGUCUCUCUCUGUACAUGUAUUAAUAUAUACUUGAGCCUUUUUAGGUUUUGGUUGUUAUGUAUGGAAGGCGACCAACCGUUAACUCCGGCGGGUCGCCUCUUCGUGCAGCCGCUAACCAACCAAAUCAUCCACUGCGCCAUCGCCGUCGAGCUACCUAUCGACGUCGACGCCGUCAAAGCGGAGCUCCGGAGCUCAGUGAUGCUGAAGCACCCCAGAUUUUGCAGUCUCAUGGUGCGCGACGCCGCCUGCGGCCGCGAGCACUGGCGGAGGACGGCCGUCGACUUAGAGCGCCACCUCCUGGUCCGGCGGCAACCCCUGUCGGAGGAUCCUUCCGUCUCCGACGAGGACGCCGUGAACGAUUUCAUCGCCGAUCUGUCGGUGUCGUCGCCGCUCCCCACGGAUAAACCCCUUUGGGAGAUUCACCUGCUCCUGGCGCACAACACCGCGGUCUUUCGUGUCCACCACGCGCUCGGGGACGGGAUUUCGUUGAUGUCUAUGCUCCUGUCGUGUUGCAGGAAAGCCGACGACAGGUCGCAGACGCCGACCAUCGGCGGCGUCGGUGCCUCCUCCUCCUCCUCCUCCUCGGCGGCGCUAAGGAGAAGCAGAUGGAGUUUUUGGACAUUUGUCAAGGUAGUUUGGUAUACUUUGGUUCACUUUCUGGAGUUUUCCAUGAGGGCGCUGUGGCUGAAGGAUAAGCCCACCGCCUUGAGCGGCGGGGCCGCCGUGGAGCUCUGGCCGCGGAAAUUGGCUUCGGCGCGGUUCCGCCUGGAGGACAUGAAGCUCGUGAAACGAUCCGUCGCCGGCGCGACCAUAAAUGAUGUUCUUUUUGGUAUAAUAGCGUGUGGGCUGUCGAGAUACUUGGACAGGACAAAUCCAAAAGGGGUGGGGCAGCUGCCUGAGGGGCUUCAGCUGACCGGGCUUGCGAUGAUCAACUUGAGACCCGAAGCGGGAUUACAGGACGUGGCGGAACUGAUGAAUAGGACUUCGGGCAGCCGAUGGGGAAACAAGUUCGGUAUGCUUCUGCUGCCCGUGUACUACUACCAUGACAAUUCGGAUCCCAUGGGGUUUGUGCGGAGGGGCAAGGCUAUGAUAGACAAGAAAAAGCUCUCUUUUGAGGCACCCCUCUCUUACUACAUCGGCUUCUUAAUCAUGUCCAUUUUCGGCCCCAAGGUUGCUAGCAUUCUCAACUACAGAAUCGUGUGCAACACGACGUUCACGGUGUCGAAUGUGGUUGGGCCGCAAGAGGCGAUCACCGUUGUGGACAAUCCGGUCAAGUACCUUAGAGUGUCCUCCAGCAGCCUACCUCAUGUAUGCAAUCACCAUGCAUAUGGUAAGUUAUGCAGGAAUGGCGGAGAUGCAAAUCCUAGUGGCCAAGGAUGUAAUACCAGACCCCAAGCUUCUUGCCCAUUGCUUCCAAGAAGCCUUGCUCGAUAUGAAACAACAGGCACAGGCACAGGCACAGGCACAAGCGUCGCCAGCAAAUCCCUAGCUCGCUGCUUCUGUGCUUAGCUCCAACAAUAAUAUUAUUAUUGGAUAUCUUCAUUGCACUGAACUCUCUACGGAAUCUGCCUAUUUCCUUGGGUGGCUCAUAUAUAUAUAUAUAUAUAUAUUUAUUUUAUGAGGUGUGAAUCCGCAGCCGCUACCUGAAAGUGUGCAGUGGGUGGGUGGCUCAUAUCUUGAUAUUAUUAUUGGGUGUGUUUCUUUUAAGGUAGUUUGAGAAGUAUGAGUUUGAAUUGAAUUUGAAUUUUAGGAUGAGUUUGAAUUUUUGUAUUUUUUUAGGUUUAUAGGUUUGGUUUGAGUUUGAGGGAUUAUAAGUAUAUUUGAUAGGUAAUGAUUGUGUUGGUUUAAAAAAGUAUUCCCUCAGUCCCAGAUACUAUGUCUACGUUGCCGUUUUUGUUCGUCCCAGAUACCAUGUCCAUGUUGCCGUUUCUGUU